UUACUCAGUCCUGGUGCUUUUUAAAAGCACACUGAUUUGUUUUUUCAAACGAGCAUUUUGAAUGUGCUUUAUUGUUUCAGAAAUCGUCAUGCGGAGCGCUGAAGAUUUGUAGUUUUUGUUUUGAUUUUUUGGUUUUUUAUUUUUUCAACUUGAAAAGGAUUCAGCUUGUCAUUGUGCUCCCUUACAGGCUGUCUCUCUGCAGUCUUUGGGCACAACUUGGAUUUGGAAAAAGAAAAAGAAAAAAAAAAAGGACUGUCUCCAUUUUUUUUCUUGUAAGCAGCUUUCCUUAAUUUUUCUCGCAUGAAUCUCCUCGACCCUUACCUGAAGAUGACAGAAGAACAGGAGAAGUGUCACUCUGACGUCCCCAGCCCCAGCAUGUCUGAGGACUCCGCGGGCUCUCCAUGCCCGUCCGGCUCCGGUUCGGACACCGAGAACACCCGCCCGUCCGACAACCACCUCCUCCGGGGCCCCGACUACAAGAAGGAGGGCGAGGAAGAGAAGUUCCCCGUGUGCAUCAGGGACGCGGUGUCCCAGGUGUUGAAGGGCUACGACUGGACGCUGGUGCCCAUGCCAGUGCGCGUCAACGGCUCGAGCAAGAGCAAACCUCACGUGAAAAGACCCAUGAACGCCUUCAUGGUGUGGGCCCAGGCAGCGCGGAGGAAACUGGCCGAUCAGUAUCCACAUCUGCACAACGCAGAACUCAGCAAAACCCUGGGGAAACUCUGGAGAUUGCUCAAUGAGGUAGAGAAGCGGCCGUUCGUGGAGGAGGCUGAACGCCUGAGAGUGCAGCACAAGAAAGAUCACCCCGACUACAAAUACCAGCCCAGGCGGAGGAAAUCCGUCAAAAACGGACAGAGCGAAUCGGAGGACGGCGAGCAAACCCACAUCUCCCCAAACGCGAUCUUCAAGGCGCUGCAGCAGGCCGACUCUCCUGCGUCCAGCAUGGGCGAGGUGCACUCACCAGGUGAACAUUCAGGUCAGUCCCAGGGCCCACCAACACCCCCGACUACGCCCAAGACCGAUCUCCCUUCCAGCAAAGUUGACCUGAAGCGCGAGGGGCGCCCCAUCCAAGAGGGCACCAGCCGGCAGCUCAACAUCGACUUUGGCGCCGUGGACAUCGGUGAGCUGAGCACAGACGUCAUCUCCAACAUGGGAAGCUUCGACGUCGACGAGUUCGAUCAGUAUCUGCCGCCUCACAGCCACGCCGGGGGUGCCGCCCAGGCUGGCUACACCGGUAGCUACGGCAUCAGCAGCUCCUCAGUCAGUCAGGGAGCCAACGUUGGAGCCCACACCUGGCUGUCCAAGCAGCAGCAGCAGCAGCAGCAGCAGCAGCAGCACUCCCUGACCCCCCUGGGUGGAGGAGGAGAGCAACAAGGUCAACAGAGAACCACCCAGAUCAAGACGGAGCAGCUGAGCCCGAGCCACUACACUGAGCAGCAGGGCUCCCCGCAGCACGUCACCUACGGCUCCUUCAACCUGCAGCACUACAGCGCCUCCUCCUACCCUCCCAUCACACGAGCACAGUAUGACUAUUCAGACCACCAAAGUGGUGCCAACUCGUACUACAGCCACGCAGCGGGCCAAGGCUCCAACUUGUACUCCACCUUCAGCUACAUGAGCCCCAGCCAGAGGCCAAUGUACACCCCAAUCGCAGACAGCACCGGCGUGCCCUCAGUGCCGCAGACCCACAGUCCGCAGCACUGGGAGCAGCAGCCCAUUUACACGCAGCUGUCGAGGCCCUGAGACGGCCAUCAGAGACCUGACUGAAUGAACGCUCACCCCCAGACUGCCCCCUGGCCACACGUCAGUCAUUGCCAACAGAAAAAUAUGACAUGGACUUUUUUUAUAGCUCGAAAAAAAUUAUUUGAAUUGGCUCCCGACAGUGCCUUUUGUAUUGGUUGGAUUUGUGAUUAUAUUUUUUUAGAUAUAAUGUUUUGAAAAGUUUAAAUCCUCUGUGAGGACAUGCUGGCUAUAUAUAAUAGUAUGUACUGUGUAUGUGUUCUGCUCUCAUCAUAGUCAGUGUCAUCAUUGUGACUGGAAGGUUAGUUUCACCUAAAGGAACAAGGGUUCAAACACCCUCCGUGGCCUUACUUAUCACUAAUGUACCUUUUUAUUUACAGGAAGUAAGAAACACGUGUUUACUGAAACAGCCGUCUUAUAAUAGCCUUCGUUCUGCUUUGAAUUUUUAUACUGUACAUACUGAGAUGCAGGAAUUGAGCAAUGCAAGUUUGAAAUAGAUUAAACUUUUGUUUUGGCCGUGUCAUCAGUGAAUUAGUCCAAUGCUCUACUUCUUGUUCGCUUCAGCUCAAGUUAUUGUGUUGAAAAAACAAACAAACGCCAUAGCAGGUGCCAUGUAACUCUUUUAGGGGCCUUACCGUGUUGCUAGAUGUGACAGCAAUGCUCGCUUUUAUCUGCCUCGAUACCAUUGGUGCCUCUGGAGCCACAGUAGUGAGGCUUCGUCCUCUGGCUUUGCAGUGGGGAACCGACAGCGCAGGUCGGAACUUCCUGCUCAAUGAGAUUCAGGAAGUGACCUUUGACCUGACCGUUGACCAGCACCCAUCAGGUCUGAACAUGGUGUGCUUCCUUCUGCCUCAUCUUUCUUCCUAACGUUUUUUUCCUCCCCCUUUCUUAAUUUAUUCUUUAGCAUUAAUUUUAUUUGAGAAUAACUAUUUGCAAUUAUUCUUUGAAAAUUCAGCAGCAGCUAACAAAAAGUGAAAUAGGUUGCUGUCCUAUGUGGUACAACGUUGUUUAUUUAUCAUUUGUAAAUGUUACUGUAUGAAAGUUUCUUUUAUUCUUGAUCUUAUGUACAGAAUUACACAAUGGGUCUUUCGCUAAAAGAAAAAAAAACUGGACAUUUUCUUGUAUUUUCUUUUUUUUAACAAAUGACGUAGUUAAUUAAAAUCCUGGAAUCAAAACAUGAUGCUUUUUUGCUAUUUUGAAAAAAAUAUUUUGUGUUCAUUUUAUAUUCUGUAUCAUUAGUUCUCUUUUUUCAUCUUUUUAAAUGCAGUUUCCCUGUAGGUGAACAUGGCAUUGCCUUUAAAGCUUAUGUUUUGUAUUAUUAUUUUUUUGUUUACAAUAAAAGCAAAACUCAGAAA